UAAAUACAGGGAGCUUAUAAGCUAACCAAAUAAGCUAUAAACUAGCUUAUUUGUCUACCAAACAUAGCCUUAGUCUCCCCUCCUGUUAGCUUUAGGUCGGCAUUGUUGACUUAGACUCACUUUUAGUUAGGCCGAAAAUCAUGGAAAAUGACAGGCGUAAUUAUCUAUCAACUAUUUGUUGGUUAAUUCUCUGAUCAUCCUUUAAGUGAGGUACAUGUGUCACUCUUUUGUUGGUGGUUUCAGCUCAGUAGAAACAGCCCUGAGGCAAGCUCCAAAAAAUAGGUGUCCUUGGAGCUUAUUGUUUAUGGUAGAAUUGUUUCAUUGAUAAAAAUGAAUAACCUGCAGGGCAUAUUCUAAAAAUGAAAUAACAAAAUAAAAUUUGUUAUGUAAGAAAACUGCAAUGUUGUUCUCCAAGAUGAACGCAUUAGACAAAAACUAAUAGAAAAUUUUGUUUUAGUGAAACUCAGCGUAAACAGUAACCAUCACAAGCUUUCAACACAAUAUAUCAUUAUUUUAAUAAAUUAACAAUGCAAUAGCAUACUUUGGCGAAAAGAGAAGUUGGUAUUGAGUUUAGAUGAUGAAUUGUCUAGUUUACUUUUUAAAUGUAAGAAGAUAUCAAUAAUUUAAUCUUGUGAGUUUGAUUCAAUGAGAAAGUGUUUUAUAUUUGAAUUAUUGUCAUAAUUAUAUAUUCUUCGGCCACAAAUUUUCAUAUACAUUACAAAAAAUUAAGAAAAAAGGCCCUAGGAAUAUUUAGGCUCAAAGCAACCGCAUCAUUAGAUUCCUUCGUGUACAAGCCUGCAGUUCUUUGCCUUGUACACACACAAAAACAUAUGAAAUUUGCAUUACAAAGAUUUUAUAUGCGUGUCUAUGUGUUUACAUGUUGGUUAUAUGUUCUUUUUAGAUCAUCUUUUUAGAUGGGGGAAUGCAAAUGAUGUUGAAAAAUGGCUAAAAAGAUUAUUAGGAAAAAUGGGCUGAAAAAGAUGUUUAGGAAAGAGCAAUGGCUGUUUCGAUCUAUUUGCACUUUUCUUUUAACGUACUGAUUUACUUUGUUAGACUUAUUACAAGCCCCAUUAUGUGCUGUAGAGAAAAUUCCAAGUUUAUUCUCCUUGAUAGACAUUUCAUCUUUUGGCUAAUUCAGAUAUCUGAAAUAUAACAAUAGAACAAUUUGAGGAAGAAAAGAACUUUCUUAUUGGCAAAAUUCACAUGUAUAAAUAUGUAAAACACAAUGUAAUCUGUUAGCCCCAUUAAAAAAUCCAGAUAAUGAAAUCAACUGCAUGUUUACCAGGCAUAUGCUAAGGCAUAAAUGUAGCAUAUAAAAGAACUCAACAAAGGAAAACAGAAAAAUGAAGCCAUUGGAGGGAAUCUCUUCAAACUUCAAAGAUCCUUGUUCUCGUGUACUAGUUCACUCGUGCUAUAUGCUGCAGGGCCAUGAUGUGGUUGCAAUUGCAUGUGCCGAGCGUCAUGUGGUUGGCAUAGACAUAUCAGACAAUGCUAUCAAGAAAGCAGCUGAAAUUGAUGACCACGAAGGUGGGCCUCCGUAUAGCGUAUCGGUUGCCGAUUAUGAAGAAGCAUUGCACCCUGUCGGUUUUAACGCAACUUAUAUUGCGGAAAAUGAACUGGCUAUUGCCCCUCGACUGGGACGAGAGAAACUAGGACGAUGGAAAAGAAUUGGCAGGCAAUCCUCACUAUGAUAUAUACUCGUGAUGUUUCAAAUUGCUGUAUCCUUAACUUUGCAUUCAAGAUUCUUCAGGAGUUAAUUGCUAUGGAGGAGAGAACAUAAUUAUCUUUAUCUUGUAUCAUAAGACCACAACUUAUGAUGUUUCUUUUGGUGUUCCAGUUUAUGGUGAAUGCGAUACAUAUGAGGACUAUUAGCAUUAGGUUAACACUGUAUGUAUAAAUGAAUCCUCUUUGUAUAUAUAGAUGCAGAUUUUUCCAGGAGAGUGCCAAGAUACUAUGUCUGGCAUGUUUUUUGUGCAAAAUAUACCUGUAUUUGCUAUAUGUGAUACUGGUGCCACGCAUUCCUUUAUCUCGUCAAGUUGCCUAGAAGCAAUCGGAAUUCAG